AUGUCCGACUACGGUGGAUACGACGACCGCCGCCGCUAUCGCGAGACGCGCACUCGACCUCGCGAACGCGGCGAUCCCGAAUUCGUCCAGGAAACUACCUACAUCGAGCGCGGCAAGGGCCCUCCUCCUCGUGAUCUGGUCUACCGCCCUCGCGAAGAAAGCGUCGAAGACAUCACACGAGACUUCCCUCCCCCCUCGAGCGAUCGUUAUGGCCCUCGUGGAGGAAGAAGAGAAUACGACAACUACCCUCCACCUCGCCGUGCGCGCAGCCAGGUUGGCCGCAGAGACUACGAUGAUUACGACGAUGAUUAUGAUGUCCCUGUCGCUGCUGCCGCUGCUGCAGGCGCUGGAUAUGCUGCUGGACGCGCAAAGGAUCGCCGCCGUUACCGUGACCGCCAUGAUCGUGACUACGACUCGGAAGAAUACUCACCCCCUCGUCGCCGUCAUGCUGAACGACGCAAGUCUGGUGUCGGUGAGAUCUUGGAAGGCCUCGGACUUGGAGGAGUCGCCGCUGCUAUCACAGGACGCUCGCGUAGCCGCAGCAGGUCCAGAGAUCGUGACUCUCGUCGUGACAGAGACGGCAGAGCCAGAUCACGUCAUGGUGGUCGCUACGACUCUGACGACGAUAGCCGCAGCCGCAGCAGGUCCAAGGGACGCACCGAACGCAAGUGGGCUCAGGCUGCUCAAGCUGCUCUUGUUGCUGGUGCUGUCGAGGCUUUCCGAUCCCGCAAGGAACCUGGACCUUGGACUGGAGAAAAAGGCCGUCGUAUUGCCACUGCCGCCAUUGGUGCUGGCGGUAUCGAUGGGCUUGUCGACCGCAAUCCGGACAAAAAGACAAAGCGUCAUCUGGCUGAAGCUGUGAUUGGAGGUCUAGCAGCCAAUCGCCUUGCCAACGGCCCUCGCAGUAGAAGUAGAGGCCCUGCUGGCGCUAGGGAUGACCCGUAUGGCCGCUCUCGCAGUCGCUCUCGUUCAAUCUUUGGCGGCCGUGGCAGAAGCCAGUCGCGUGGUCGUGAUGGCCAAGGCGGUGGCGCUGGUGGGCUCGAGAAGCUUGCAGCUGGAGGAGCUCUGGCAGCAGCUGGCAAGGCCAUCUAUGACCGUGUACGUUCAAAAUCACGUCGUAGGCGCUCUCCUUCGUCCAGCUCUGCAGACUCGUAUGUCCCUUCCCGCAAUCGCCGUCGCAACAAGGAGCGAAGCUCACCUGCUCAAUCAGAUACAGGCAGCCGCGCCGUCGCCCAGCGCGGUCGUGAUCGUAACCUAGGCCCCGCCGCUGGUGCUGGUGCAGGUGCGGGCGCCCUCGCUGCCUCAAACAACAACCGCGGCGCACGCAGCGAGAGUUCGUCGAGCAGCAGCACCGAUGUCGAUGUUCGUCGUAAGCGUAUGCGAGGCAAGGAGCUGCUAACAGCCGGCCUUGCCACAGUCGCCACGAUUCAUGCUGCUCAUGGUGUUUACUCAAGUAUGGAAGCCCAUGAGAGGCGCCACAAGCUCGUUCAAGAGGGCGAAAUGUCUCCGGCCGAAGCUCGCAAGAAGCAGACAAAGGCUUGGGUGCAGGAUGCAGCUGCUGUCGGUAUUGCUGCAUUGGGUAUCAAGGGUGCUUUCAGCGAGUGGAAGGAGAUGAACGAGCAUAGACGCGAGAUUCACGAGCUGGAGAAGAGAAAGGCUCUCAAGCAGAAGCGUCGCGAGAAACAGGACCGAGAGGCACGUCGUGCACAAGAAGAGAGCCUCUACCGAAUGCUUCCCCUCUUGCAGCAGCAACAACAACAACAGUUGCAGCAGCAACAGCAAUACGGAGCUCCUCAAGUGCCCGUGCAGCCUGGAAAUCAGAUGAUGUACCCUGGCAAUCUUCCACCUCCACCACCCGGACCCCCUCCUGCUGCGAGGUAUUAG